AAGAGAGAGUAAGAGAUAGAAAGUGUGUGUGAGAGAAAGAGUCUGAGAGAGGAAGUGGAAGAGAGAGAGACCUAGGAGGUGUAGCAGAAGUUGUGUGAUUGUAUCAGUGUGUCCCAAAGCAACAGUACUCUGAGGCUGAAGCAGAGCAGCAGGUUCUAUCAUCUGUCAGGCAACAGUCUGCAGGUUACGAUAUGGAUCUAGAGGAGUUUGACAACGUGACUCUGAGGUACAACGUCACCAACUGUCCAUCUAUCGAUGAAUUUCGUAACCAGGUGUACUCUACGGUGUACUCUAUCAUCACCGUGUUCGGCCUGGCCGGUAAUGGGUUCGCCUUGUUGGUUCUGGUUAAAACGUUCCGUCAGCGUUCUGCGUUCCACAUCUACAUGUUGAACCUGGCCGUGUCCGACCUACUAUGUGUCUCCACGCUGCCGCUACGGGUCCUCUACUACGUUAAUAAGGGUCAUUGGAACCUGGGAGACUUCCUGUGCAGACUUUCAUCCUAUGCCCUCUACGUGAACCUCUACUGCAGCGUGUUCUUCAUGACCGCCAUGUCUGUCACACGCUUCCUCGCCAUCGUGUUCCCCGUGCAGAACCUGCGCCUGGUCUCAGAGCGUCGUGCCCGUCUGGUGUGUGUCUGUAUCUGGGUCUUCAUCUGCACUGUCUCCUCCCCCUUCCUCAUGACUGGUCAACACCUCCACCCAGCCACCAAUAAGACCAAGUGCUUCGAGCCUCCAGAGCGCAGAACAGGGGGCGGGCUUAAGAAGCUUAUCAUGCUCAACUACUUAUCAUUGGCUGUGGGCUUCGUCCUUCCCUUCCUGGUCAUCCUGCUGUGCUACGUCGGGAUCAUUCGGGCCCUGCUGUCACGGCAACAUACUGCACAGCGCCAGAAGGGGGCGGGGUCUAAGGCUAUCCGAAUGAUCGUCAUUGUGAUGCUGGCGUUCCUGCUGUGCUUCAUGCCGUACCACAUCCAGCGCUCCGUCCACCUCAGCUUCCUGUCCCAGACUGCCACUUCCUGUUCGGAGCUGGUGUACAUGCAGAAGAGUGUGGUGGUGACACUCUGUCUGGCUGCCUCCAACUCCUGCUUCGACCCCCUGCUCUACUUCUUCUCUGGAGAGGGCUUCAGACGACGCCUGUCAAGCUUCAGGUCCACUAUCAGGACACAGAGACAACCGCAGAGACAGGGGGCACAGCCACCGCUGGGGAGGGCAACAAAGAGAGAGAGAGAACCGGUCCUACCCAGCACAGCAGAGACAAAGGGCACAGCCACCCCUGGGGAGGGGAACAAGCUAUAGGGGAGAUAGAAAGAGUUAAUCUGUCUAGUGUCUGUGUUCUUUUGCCCAUCUUAAUAUUUUUUGGCCAGUCUGAGAUAUGGCUUUUUCUUUGCAACUCUGCCUAGAAGGCCAGCAUCCCAGAGUCACCUCUUCACUGUUGACAUUGAGACUGGUGUUUUGCGGGUACUAUUUAACUUCUUAUGGUAUAGGGGACGCUUGCGUCCCACUUGGCCAAAAGCCAGGGAAAAUGCAGCGCGGCAAAUUCAAAUAAAAUUAUACAAAAAUCUAACAUUAAAUCACACAUCUAAGAUACUAAAUUAAAGCUACACUCGUUGUGAAUCCAACAUGCCAACAUGUCAGAUUUUAAAAAGGCUUUUCGGCGAAAGCAUAAGAAGCUAUUAUCUGAUGAUAGCACAACAGUAAACAAAGAGAGUAGCAUAUUUCAACCCUGCAGGCGCUACACAAAACGCAGAAAUAAAAUAUAAAACAUGCCUUACCUUUGAAGAGCUUCUUUUGUUGGCACUCGAAUAUGUCCCAUAAACAUCACAAUUGGUCCUUUUGAUCGAUUAAUUCCCGUCCAUAUAUAUCCAAAAUGUCAAUUUAUUUGGGUCAUUUGAUCCAGAAAAAAACAGCUUCCAAAUUAGCGCAACAUCAGUACAAAAUAUUUCAAAAGUUACCUGUAAACUUUGCCAAAACAUUUCAAACUACUUUUGUUAUACUACUUUAGGUAUUUUUAAAUGUUAAUAAUCGAUCAAAUUGAAGACGGGUCUAUCUGUGUUCAAUACAGGAAGACAACAAACCAAGCUACUUUUCAAGUCUUGCGCAACUCUCAACAGUGUUACGCAGUUCCUAGAUGGCCGUACUUCUUCAUUGCACAAAGGAAUAACCUCAACCAAAUUCCAAAGGCUGGUGACAUCCAGUGGAAGCGGUAGGAACUGAAAACAAGUUCCUAAGAAAUAUCCUUUCCCAAUGAGAAAAUCACUGGACAGACACCUACUCCCUGUGAAGGGAGUAGUACAUGGCGUUGUACGAGAUCUUCAGUUUCUUGGCAAUUUCUCACAUGGAAUAGCCUUCAUUUCUCAGAACAAGAAUAGACUGACAAGUUUCAGUAGAAAGGUCUUUGAUUCUGGCCAUUUUUUGUCUGUAAUGGAACUCAAAAAUGCUGAUGCUACAGAUACUCAACUAGUCUAAAGAAACCCAGUUUUAUUGCUUCUUUAAUCAGAACAACAGUUUUCAGCUGUGCUAACAGCAUUGCAAAACGGUUUUCUAAUGAUCAAUUAGCCUUUUAAAAUUAUACACUUGGAUUAGCUAACACAACGUGCCAUUGGAACACAGGAGUGAUGGUUGCUGAUAUUGGGCCUCUGUACGCCUAUGUAGAUAUUUCAUAAAAAAUCUGCAAUUUCCAGCUACAAUAGUCAUUUACAACAUUAACAAUGUCUACACUGUAUUUCUGAUCAAUUUGAUGUUUAUUUUAAUGGUAAAAAGUGAUUUCAUUUCAAAAAGAAGGACAUUUCUAAGUGACCCCAAACUUUUGAAUGGUGGUGUAUUGUAACGUCUGCUUCCAACUCACAUUCUGUAACACAUAGAUCCCCUGAAAGCAGCU